AUGAUCAUGAUCAUUGCUGCUUUAAUAAAUAUUGUCGUAUAUUUAUUUUACUAUAUUUAUCAAUACUCGGAUUCAGCUUCAGCCAACAUGAAUGUUGAUCAAGUAUACAAUUCCAGCAAUGUUUAUAAUACUACAUUAAUAAAACAAAAUCCAACGAAGAUUUUCAAACAAAAAUAUUUUCAUAUUCCUCGUUUAUUGAAAGAGUUAAUAUCUUCAUUUUUCUUUCCAAGUGAGCUAAUUGCAAUAUUUAAAAUGAAAUUUGGUGGCUAUGUUAAAGAAGUACCAAAAAAUGCACUCGAUCAACUAGUAAAGACACUUAACGAUGUAGAUUUUUGUUAUGCAACAUUGAAUAAAGUUAGUCGUUCGUUUUCACUUGUCAUUCAACAGCUUCCUCAACCAUUAAAAGAUUCCGUAUGUAUUUUUUAUCUUGUUCUUCGUGGUCUUGAUAGUGUUGAAGAUGACAUGACAUAUCCUCAAGACAAAAAGAUUUUCUUAUUAAGAAAUUUCUACCAUAAUCUAUCAGUUGAUAAUUGCUCUAUAAAAGAUGUUGGUGAUGCAGAAGACUAUCGAAUAUUAUUGGAGAAUUUCGGUAAAGUCGUUAACGUAUUUAAAUCAUUGGAUGCAAAAUAUCAAUCGAUUAUAUUAGAUAUAACACGUCAAAUGGGAAAUGGAAUGACUGAAUAUGUUGGUAAGACUGGUUCAAUUGACACACUAGACAGUUAUAAUUUAUAUUGUCAUUAUGUUGCUGGCCUUGUUGGUUAUGGAUUAUCAGCUCUCUUUGCUCAUAGUGGAUUAGAAGAUGUUGAUAUCCAUGUUCAUGAACAUCUCAGUAAUAGUAUGGGAUUGUUUUUACAGAAAACGAAUAUCAUUCGAGAUUAUCUCGAAGAUCUUCAAAAUGGCAGAACUUGGUGGCCAAAAGAAAUAUGGCAAAAUUAUGCAAUCGAUAUUGAUGAAUUUAUCAAGACUCCUAAUGAACGACAAAGUCUUGAAUGUUUAAAUCAUAUGGUAAUGGAUUCACUUAAACAUGUGCCUGAUGUAAUCAACUAUCUUGGUCGUCUUAAACAUCGUAAAAUAUUUGAAUUUUGUGCAAUUCCACAAGUGAUGGCAAUGGCAACCCUUGUUGAACUAUAUAACAAUCCUUUAGUAUUUACAUCGAUUGUAAAAAUACGCAAAGGACUUACUUGUAAAUUAAUGUUAAACUGUUCGACUUUGAAUGAAGUACAUGCUUGGUUUUAUUUUUUUAUCACAAAGAUUGAACAGAAAAUACCAAAACAUACUAAUUUUAACAAUAAUCAUAUGCGCGAACUCGUUGAUCAAGUAAAAAAAUUGUGUAAUUGA